UUUGUUUCUUUCAUAUAAUGUUUAGCUAUAAUCCCCAAGCAUGAUGCACCAUGUCUCCACCAAGAGUUGCACCACUCUCCAGAUCACGCCCUUUAAGAGAUGGAGGAGAGCCAGUAAAUGUUGCAAAUAGAUACAGAAUUUGUAGAAAACUGGGUAGUGGAAGCUUUGGAACUGUGUUUUUAGUAGCUGAUAUCAAAUAUGGAAAUGAAUUAAAAGUGUUAAAAGAAAUACCUAUUGGUGAUAUAGAACCUGACGAAACUAUAAGCGCUGUGAAUGAAGCGAGAUUGCUGUCUAAGUUAGAGCAUCCUGGGAUUGUCAAGUUUCACGAUAGCUUUAUGGAUGGUGAAUACUUUUGCAUCAUAACAGAAUACUGCGAGGGUGGUGAUUUGGAUGAUAGGUUGCAUUCAUGGAAGAAGAAUGGAAAGGAGGUUGAUACGUCUCUUGUCAUGACAUGGUUUAUACAAAUGUUGUUGGCCGUACAAUAUAUGCACCAGCGAAGAGUUCUCCAUCGAGAUUUAAAAACAAGAAAUAUAUUUUUAAAAAAUAAUAUGGUAAAGAUAGGUGAUUUUGGCAUAUCACGCAUUCUCAUGGGUACGACUGAUAUUGCAACAACAUUCACUGGUACUCCAUACUUCAUGGCACCUGAAAUUUUAAAGCAUGAAGGAUAUAAUUCAAAGUCAGACAUUUGGUCAAUUGCAGUUAUUUUAUAUGAGAUGUGCACUUUAAAAAGAGCAUUCCAAGGAAAUAGUUUGAUGAGUGUAAUGUUUAAAAUUGUUCAAGGGGAUGUUCCCUCGUUACCAAACUCCUUUGGAAGUGAACUUCAAGAUAUAUACAAACGUAUGCUUUCCAAGGAUCCAGCCUGGCGCUUGUCAGCAUCUGACAUACUGAAAAAUGAUUAUAUUCAACAACAUUUAAAGAGUCUGAAGAUAGAGAUCGCUAGCAGUUCUCCUUUAAGUCACACUACUGCUCGAAAAGAAGCUGAGGCUAUCGCGAAGGUACUAAACAAACCUAAAAAACGAAAACUGCAUGGAGGGAAAGAGUCCAGUAGACCCUUGACCCCAAAAGAACAGCUGAAAUUACGUAAACAGAAAAAAGCGGACGAAGAAGCGGAAAGAUUAAAAAAGGAAAUUGUCUCGACAUACACGGAAAGUCGAAGGAAGUAUUCACGUUUAAAAGACAGGCAAUCGAGAGUAGCCAUUCCAUUUCUUUCCAAUGAAAAUAAUGACGAUAAAAGUGAAAAGGAAGAACUUCAAAACGAGCCUGAGGAGUCUGUAGACCUUCAUAAGGCAAAUAAUGUUAUGAUAUUUCGAAACGAUAAAUACCUGUCCGAUGUUGAGAGCGAUAGCUCAUUAAGCGUGGUUCAUUUGAACGAAGAGGAGACUGAGAACAAAGUUGGUAAUAUUCGAAGAUACACGCAUUGUUUUGGUGAAGACGACACGAAGUUGCCAGAAGAUAUUGAGAAAGCAAAACUAAAGGAAGAAGAAUAUGUUCGGCAUUAUACACACUGUUUUGGAGAUGACGAAGAAGAGGAUGUAUUUGUGCAAGACUCUUUAGAUUUUACAAAUGUCAGCACAAUACCUGAGGACGCUGAGCUAGCGGAUACUUACUACACAACAUGUGAUGACUUCGAAGAAGAUGAAUCCAGUGAAGAAGGAAGAGGUGAAGAUUCAGGUAGCGAAGAGUAUGACGUGUUAGCCGAUUACAUGCAAAACGCACUCGAUUUGUCUGGCGGUGAUGCGGAAAGCACGUUUGGUGAUACCAUGUCUUCUCUAGCAAGUUCAACAACUAUGAGACAACAAAAGAUUGAUUCGUUACGACACGAGUGCGUGAGGCUUCUCGGUGAAGAAGGUUUCCGUCGUGCGUACAGGUAUUUAAACAAGGUGCGCUUCGAAUCGAAUACAACAGUGAGUGAGGAUGUGAUUCUUCACAAGCUUCGAAAGAUGAUUGGAAACUCGCGAGACUGUUUCUUAGUGGAUCAACUGUUGUUUCUAGAAAAGCAAAAUCAAAUCUGUAACGAGAGUCUGCAGUUUUCUUAGCGAAGGUUGACGUUAUGAGAAUAAAGAAAUGUUUAUUCUCUUAGGCUGACCCAUUUUUGUUGUGGUGGCAUUUUAAGUGCUCAUUAUUAGGGUCUAUUUACACGGCAAAAAACUUGAAAUCGAAGAAUUAUUCAACUAUGAAUAAUUUCAGUAUAAACAGACGAGUAUGAACGAUGCAAACUGAUUUUGUUUUGUUUUGUUAUUUUCCUAGUGUAAACGAACCCUAAGUUUUUUUUGGAUUUAAAUUUCAAUUUUAAGAAAAUUUAUUUUAACUUGUGUUUCUUAGUAAUUGCUCUUGUAAAGGAGGCGUUUACCGAUUUUAAAUGGCGUUAGUUCGAAAAAAGGGGCGUUACAUCCUGUUUAAACAUGAAUUCCAUAUAUCUCCGGAACCGUUCUAUAAAUUAGUCUGGUUUUUAUUUUUUGUGUAAAGAACACAUUUUUACAGAUUUUUUUACCUCCCGGUUUGAAUUUUUGUCGGGGGUAAUUUUGGAGUCCACUUGUGCUAUUUUUAAUACCUGGUACUGUUGUCGCACAAAUUUGUUCGUGUGAAAACUUUCAUCAUCUUUUAGUAUCACAAAUUUGAAUAUAUAAACUGUGGGAUGAAUCCUACAUUGGCAGAAAUUUUUGCACGGAAACAUAUCAUGCGAAAAAAUAUGCUAAAAUAAGCCAGUGGAAAAUGUUUGUCCAAACUGCGAUAUUUUUUACUGGCAGCCACGAAAUGAUGUAGGUACCACCCUACUUUGUUUUGAUGUGGUGUUUUAGUUAAAAUAUUUGUUUAUCGUAAUGUUAGAAUAAUGAGAGAUAAUAAAAACUCGUAAAUAGGCCACGAAAUUGAGUUCCAGAAAAACAAAACAAAUUCACAGAGACACCCAUCGCGAAAAUGUCUCCCAAUAAGGUAUUUUUGGUAUAUGACCUUAAGAUUAUCUAUUCUAGGAUUAAAAGAUAAAAUAUUGGGGAUAGUUUUUAUAUUUUUGCACCAAUUUUUAAAUACGCACAAUCGGUUGAAAAGUUUACCUUAUCAAUGUUACUACAUCAACGACGCAUUUUUGCUAAGCGUCAAAAUCGUUAUUGUUUAUUUUUUUAAUGUUUGGAAGAUUAAUAAACCAAUCAUCAAUCUAACUAAUCAUGCUCGUCCCAGAUCUUUUUUGUUGACAUUGAUCUGGAAAAAGGUCGAGGUAGAUUAUUUAUAAUAUAUUUUCGUACAUAUGUAUAUAUAAUGUAUUUUUGUCUAACUAAUAUAUUUUUGAUUCGGAUAAUAUUUUUGAAAUGUUUGGGAACUAUUGUGUUGCAUUCACGUAUUAUUUUAUAAAGAACUUUAUUUUCAACCUGGUACUUAAGUUGCCAAAUAAAUUUCCUAAACUAAAGUUUGCUAACAGAAAAUAAAAAAUAUUCCAAGAUUAUCCAAUGUUCUACAAAGAAUUAACGGUUUACACAAACAAUUGAAAGAUGUUAAUUUCUUACUUGUGUCCAAUAUUGUUCAUACUAAAAUUGCUUAGAAUUUUUUGCGAAUUUUAGUACAGUUGCUAAACUGGUUGCUUAUAAAUAAUACGUGUAUUAUUUUUUGAAAUGUUUUUAAAGAUUAAUAUAUGAGACCACGUAAUAUCCAUUCUAUUG